AGGAGAAAUCGCUAAAGUGAUAAGAGACGAGCUUAAAGGCGCACUAGCGGAAGAUUUUCAAGCUAUAAGAUCCGAACUGCAAGCGGUCCGCUCCGAAAUUGCCAACAGCUCAAAGGCCAUACAAGCUGAAGUGGACAUGGUAAAGACGGAUGUCUUGGACUUAAAAGGUGGCCUUUCAACGUGGUCAGARGAAGUCACCUCACUACAGUCUGCGGUAACAAGUUUACAGAAAGAAAUGUCAAUGCUCAAAGAUAAAUGUGAAGAUCUGGAGGGGAGAAUGAGAAGGUCCAAUUUCCACAUUGAGGGCAUUGAAGAGCUCCCGGGCUCUAGCUCCACACAAGCUGUGGCAAAAAUCAUCAAAGAAGUUCUGAAGAUGGAU